AUGUCUUCAAAGCCAAACCUUUCCCUUCCGCUGGAGAUCUGGAACAAGAUCUUGCAGCAAUGUAUCUCGAAUUUCGACCUAGACGAACAAUGGAUGUCGCUCCGUCUCAUCUGUAGCCGCUUCAAGUCAGCUGUGGAACAAUCCUUUGUCAAUAAACAUCUACAGCACAUGGAAAUCAGUUACACUCUUGGUAGUAGACCCACUUGGGAGAUACGAACAACACUAACGAAAUGAUAGGACCAUAUUUUCUGACCAGACCUUCGCGUCCCAAAAUCUAUGAGGCAACGGUCCCUUUCGUAUUCCAAAAAACAGUUUCACCAUAUGGAGCAGAAAGAAAAUUCGCUUACUUUCAUUCUUACGUGGCAGAAGAUCCAACAGUUCUCCCACUAGCCUCAGGCGCCAUCGACGCUCUCCGUCGAGAAUUAAAGGAGGCUAUAGGUCUCUGUGAGCUCUCAAAAAGCAUUCCGAACUUUUUCAAAGCGAUAUCGAUUCGUCCCUUCCAUACCAUCAGCCUUUAUAAUGAUCGCAACGACAUGCCUAUUCCCGGGCUUUACAUUGGACCAGAAUCCUUUGAUCUGAUUCUCGACUGGAAAGCUCUACUCACUCGCUUCUACGGAGAGAAAAUACAUGCAAUGCGUUUGAUGGAAAAAUACAAGCCUGUCAGGCGUAGUUGUCGAAGGGCUUGCAGAAAGGCUACAACUGAGCCGGCUGAUAUAUGGACUCUGACUUACAAAGCUGCGCGUCGAGCAAGAAUCACUAAGAUGUUCAGAAAGAAAAAGAUCCGUUGGAGUUGGAAAAGAGUUGCAAAACAUUGGUCUUUUUUGGAGAGAAGAAAGGUCACUGACAUGUUGUGGCGGCGGCCAACGUUGAGUGCAAUGAAUUAG